GUGCCGCAAAUCAUCCACUACUGUUGUCAAGAGUGGGGAACCAAUCAGAUUGGUCAAUUUCGGACCGGAAGCUGUGUUGUUUACCUUUUCUAAGAUGGCGGCGGGGAUGUAUUUGGAGCAUUAUUUGGACAGCAUAGAAAACUUGCCUUUUGAGUUGCAGAGAAACUUCAAUUUGAUGAGAGAUCUAGAUCAACGCACAGAGGAUCUUAAAGGACAGAUAGACUCUCUGGCUAAAGAGUACACAGCCAAUGCAAGGACACUUUCCUCAGAGCAAAAGCUGUCCAUACUGAGGCAGAUUCAGCAGUCUUACAGUAAAUGCAAAGAGUUUGGAGAUGAUAAGGUGCAACUGGCCAUGCAGACCUAUGAGAUGGUCGACAAACACAUCAGACGUCUUGACACAGACUUGGCUCGGUUUGAGGCUGACUUGAAGGAAAAGCAGAUUGAGAGCACUGACUAUGAUUCCACCUCCAGUAAGGGGAAGAAAAGUGACUCCAGACAAAAGGAAAAGAAGACGGCUAAAACAAGGUCUAAAGUGAAGAGUUCAGAUGAAGAUGGCAGUCCCAAGAGUGCACAGAAGAAAGUCAAACUCCUUCAGCCAGGAGAAUUCAACAGCCCUUCAAGCAACUUUGGGAAUGUGCACCCAUCUGAUGUGCUGGACAUGCCAGUGGACCCAAACGAACCCACCUACUGUCUGUGCCAUCAGGUCUCUUAUGGCGAAAUGAUCGGCUGUGACAACACUGAUUGCUCCAUUGAGUGGUUCCAUUUUGCAUGUGUGGGCCUGACAACCAAACCAAGAGGCAAAUGGUAUUGUCCACGAUGCUCUCAAGACAGAAAGAGAAAAUAAAAAGACCUGGUUGUUCUGGAACAAAAUGUGGACACUCAUCAGAUGGAAAAUGAGAAGAAUAUUUCUUCAUUAGUUACUAGAAUUUUUGUUUCUCAUCUUCCUUAACAUUUGGUGCUUUUUCUUUUGAUUUACCUUAUUUUGCCUUGGUCUGAUGCAGUGUGUGUGAAGGAGCCAAGUGGUUACAAAAGUAUUUAAGUAUUGUUUUUUUUAAUUAUUUUUUUUUAACGGUUAAUAAUUUUUUAGUUGCCUUUGGUGCUCUUAUUGUGACUUUUUUUUUUUUUUUACAUUUUGUUUUACAAGUGCAUAAUAAACACUACAACUGCCCCUAAUGGUUUAGCAGUUCCCAGUUGUUACAGUACCUUUUACUGUAUUCACAUGUA